GGUGACGUCAGGGGUCCAGAGAGAGGCUGGGGCAGAGGCGGCCGGAGCGGCUGAGGGAGCGCGAGCGGCGCGGGGGGGCCCUGUCGGCGACAGCGGCGACAGCGGCGACAGGAGCGGCGACAGCGACAGCGGCGGUUCCCAGCGCCUCGCGGCCCAGCGGUUCCCCGCUCCGUUCGGCGCCGGGCGGCCCCGGCCCGCGGCGGCGGCGCUGACAGCCCGCCCGGAGCCCCGGGGGCGGCCGCGGCCACCAUGUCGUCCCCCAGCCCGGGCAAGAGGCGGAUGGACACCGACGUGGUCAAGCUGAUCGAGAGCAAACACGAAGUCACAAUCUUAGGAGGACUCAACGAAUUUGUCGUGAAGUUUUACGGACCACAAGGAACACCAUAUGAAGGCGGAGUGUGGAAAGUUAGAGUCGACCUUCCUGACAAAUACCCCUUCAAAUCCCCAUCCAUAGGAUUCAUGAAUAAAAUCUUCCAUCCCAACAUUGACGAAGCGUCAGGAACUGUCUGUCUAGAUGUCAUCAAUCAGACUUGGACAGCUCUCUACGAUCUCACCAAUAUAUUCGAGUCGUUCCUGCCCCAGCUGCUGGCUUAUCCCAAUCCCAUAGAUCCUCUAAAUGGUGACGCUGCAGCCAUGUACCUGCACCGACCAGAAGAGUACAAACAGAAAAUUAAAGAAUACAUCCAGAAAUAUGCAACAGAAGAAGCACUAAAAGAGCAGGAAGAGGGCACCGGGGACAGCUCAUCCGAGAGCUCCAUGUCCGAUUUCUCGGAAGAUGAGGCUCAGGAUAUGGAAUUGUAGUAGAGGAGGCCACUGCUUUUCAGAGAGACUCGAAUUUCCUAACCACGAGAAGCAGACUAUAAUAUUCAUAUUUAAACAAAGCAAUUUUUUUUAUUACUAAACAAGGUUUUUAUGAAUUAUAGCAUCGAUAUAUAUAUAGAUCUAUAUAUAUAUCUCUCACCCUUUAGGUCUUGAUUUUUCUGGGUCAUUUCCCGAUUCCCGAGGUGCGUUAGUGAUUCCCAACAUUCCAUUCUGGUAGCAAUAUGCAGCCCUGGAUGCAUGCGUUGAGAUUUUUCCAUUUGGCCAAGGUCAACUCUGGUGUGUGCUACCAAACUGCUGCCCUGGGAGGGAGGGAAUUAGUGAAAAAACAAAAAAAACCACCACGAAAAGAAAUAAAUCCAAACAAAAAAAAAAAGGGAUUUGCUGUCGGAUCGAGGUUUCCACGCGGGAUGUUGGAGUUUCCUCCGAGUCUAAAAACCUUGGGGGGUGGUAGAGAUGGAAGGGGCUCCUCCAGGGCGUGUUUGAAAAGAGAAAAAAGAGGGAUUUACCUGAAAAAAAAACAAAAACAAACCAAUCCCAACACGUGGAGCUCCUGAGAGCGCCGGAGCCGGAGAAGACCUCGGAAUUUCAGUGCUGUGGACUCCUCCCUGCCCUCCCGAACUGUAGGGACUGACAACCACUGGUGGAUUCCCUUGGGGGACUUUGGAAAAAAACACAAAAAAAGCUUUGGAUGUUGUUCCUUGCUUGGGCUGGAUUAGGAGCUGUUCCUUUGCUGGGAGGGAAGAAGCACCCGGAUGAUGCUGGAGGAACUGGGAUGGAGCCUGGAAGUCCAAAACUCUUCCUCUGUCCCACUUUGGAACCUGCUGCCCUUGAAUGGCUUCCAGUUGGCUUUGUUAUUAUUAUUAUUAUUAUUAUUAUUGUUAUUAUUAUGAUUUUUCUUUCUUUCCCGCUGCCUCUCUUGCUGGAAAUGUGGUUCAGACACGUGGCAAGCACGGGCUGUGUGCUGGGAAUUCCUCUGACCACAUGGAUUGGCCUUGCCAGAGCUUCAGAUCCACGGAAUUCUUCUGUUGGCCAAAGUCCACAAAUCCAUCGGCACCCAGUCUGAGUCUCCUUUUUUUUCUGGUUUUUUUUCUGGUUUUUUUUCUUUUUUUUUUCUUUUUUUUCUUCUUUUUUUUUGUUAUUUUUUGGGGUUUUUUUCUUUUUUAAAUCUUUCUUUCCUCCCCCUUCUGCACCAGCUUGGUUCCCAUCUGCUUGUGUGUGUACAACAGGAUAAAAAGUCCUUAAGAGUUAACAAAGAAUACGAUCUAGGAAAAAACAAAACAACAGAAACACCCCAAAAUUUGAGCUGAAUAAUAAAAAAAAAGCCUAAAAAGCACCAAUUGAGGAAGCAAAUUAAUUUGCUCUUUGGGUUUUUUUAUUGGUUGGUUUGGUUUUUUUGGUUGUGGUUUGUUUUUUUUUUUUCCAGGAUGUUUGGGAAUUGGAAUGUUGGAUUUCUCCUGAUGUCUUGCAGCAAACUGAGAGAUUUUUUCUUUUAUUAUUAUUAUUAUUUUUUGCUGUUGUUCCUAGAAAUCUGAUCAGUAAAUGUCUCUUGGGAUGCCGGGAUACUCGAAUUGGGAUAAUUGUGCACCGGAGCUUCAAACUGAGAUGGAUUUUUAAAGCUGAAUGUUACCUGCUGUUUUCUUUUUGGGGAUUUUUUUGGAGGGGUUUGGACAAGAUCUUUUCAUUUGUGAUGCAGGAAAAAAAACUCAACCCACCCUGAGCGACUCUGGAGCAGAGUUUUGAAUGUCAGACUGGCACAUUUGUCAUUUUCCCAGAAUUAUUGGGGUUUGUUUCCUUUUCCUUUCGAGCUGGGACAUCCCAACCCCAGCCCUGAUUCACGAAGCACAAUCAGUUCCUUCCAUUUUCUGUUGCUUUUGGGGGAGAAAACAAAAAAAACUCCAUCAAAUCCCACUUGGCUUUGGCAUGAAUUUCCUUAAUAAAAAAAAACCUACCAUGAA